AUGAAGAUUUCAGGUCGCACUUUCAUCAUCUCCGGCGGCGCGUCUGGCCUGGGACAGGCCUGCGUGGAGGAGAUAUGCAAGAAUGGAGGAAACGUCGCUAUUCUGGAUAUGAAUGAAGAUAACGGCAACGAGUUGGUUUCCAAGCUGGGUUCCUCAGCCAAGUUCUUCGUCUGCGAUGUCCUAGACACCAAGAGCAUCGAGACCGCCGUCAAGGGCACCGCCGCGUGGGUGAAGGAAUCCGGAAAGCCUGUCGGGGGCGUCAUUCCGGCCGCCGGUGUUGGAAAUCCGUCAUCUAUACUGGAUCGCAAUGGUGAACCCUUCAGCCUCGACGCUUGGGACUUUGUCCUCAACAUCAACCUGCGCGGCACCAUCGACCUCACCCGCCAAGCAUUGGCCCUCAUGGCAAAGAACGAGCCCUCAACGCCUGACGGAGAACGCGGCGUCGUCAUCAUGGUCGCGUCCUCUGCCGCCUUUGACGGCCAAAAGGGCCAGGUUGCCUAUGCUGCGAGUAAAGGUGCUGUCACGGCCAUGACGCUCCCCAUGACCCGCGACCUCGCCCGCUUCGGCAUCCGCGUUGUUACCAUUGCACCGAGUCUGUUCGAGUCCCGUAUGACUGCUAUGAUGUCUGACAAAGUCCGCGCCAGCCUCGAGAGAUCCAUGGAGUUCCCCGUACGUGCGGGAAAGCCCGAGGAGUUUGCAGCAUUGGCCCGGCAUGCUAUCGAGAAUGUGAUGCUCAAUGGGACAGUACUGCGGUUAGAUGGCGGCAUGCGAAUGCCGAGCAAGAUGUAG